AUGGAUUUUGUCGUCACCAAAGUCGUAAUCUCUGUGAACCAUAAUGUGCUUAGCAUUGAGUUGGUGUUCAACAUACUCCAAAGAAAAGUGUUCGCCGACAAUAAAUUGGACGUUUUUAUUUUAACUUUAGACAUGGAUAAAGUUAAUGAAACGGCUGAACAUAUUAAAAAGUGUUGUUUCUCUAACUUGAAUGAAUUGGUUGUUACCGGAGAUUAUCUCGAAGCAUUCUUGAAGGCCGACUAUCUCCUACUAAUGACUAAUUUGAAUGCGCCGGACUGUAAAAUUCUAGAUAACAUCCAAAACUUAGAUCACGUUUUCAAAAAGGCCAAAUCGUUCGAUCGUCUUGCUAAUCCAAAUGCCAGGAUCGUCGUUAUGGGACCAUGGUCAAAUACGUGGUUACAGAUUUUUGCGGAAGUUGCGACACGCCUGAACAAGUGCAACUUUACCGGUUUGUCUAGACAUCACGUGAGUAAAGCGUUGGGGCUCAUCGCACGAAAACUUGACUGUGAAAUGCAAGAACUGUCAGACGUAUACGUUUGGGGAAAACAUUACUUGGACAUAACUGACGCUAAGAAAAAAACGAAUUUUGGACCGGGAAAAUAUGAUUUGCAAUGUACAGUGAAAACGCAGAACGUUACGGAUCUUUUGUCUUCGAAUUGGAUUGACAAUUUUUUCACACCACAGUUUGAAGCAGUAGAAACCGUCAAAACCUACAGACAAUGUGUUAUAUCGGCAGUUUGCUAUCAUAUAAUCGACUGGUGUCGGGGCACAGGCGAAAGAACAGUGUGUAUGACACUUUUCGUACAUCAACCGGGACACAUUAACGAUUGCGUUUUUUCAUCAUAUCCGGUUGUCAUUAGCAAAUUUGGUAAAAUAUCUGUUCAUAACAUUGAAAUGGAUUCGUUACAAUUUGUAAAAUUGUAUAGAUAUCUUGAAAAUCAACAAAAAGAAAGGUGUCUUAUUCGCAACUAUAUCAAGCACCAUAAUAUCGUGUAA